GUAGAAGGUGGGAGGGGCGAGAUCCUGCAGUUGGUUGUUGCGGGCGGUGGGAAGAUGGCGGCGCGGGGCAGUGAGGUGCCGCUGAGGCCGGCGACGGCGAACGGUGAGGUCAGCAGCGAAGUGGUGGCAGACGGGCAGGUCCAAGUAUCAGAAGGAAAUCAGGUUGAGACACACCCACGGCAACAGCAGCAGCCGCAGCAGCAACAACCCCCCAAUGCCUGGCAAGUGAUCAAAGGAGUUUUAUUCAGAAUUUUUAUCAUCUGGCUGAUCAGCAGUUGGUUCCGCCGUGGAAGCGCACCCCCAGAGCAGAGCGAUCCUACGGGAAUAGCGCGACAGCCCAGCCGCAAUCUUUUCCCCAAAGACACGCUCAUGGACCUGCGUGUUUAUGUAUCUGAGAAAGAGCACUUCACAGAAUUUAAUGACAGUGCUCCACUCUUUUGGGAGCACUUUGACCUGGUGUAUGGAGACUGGACGAGUGGAGAAUCUGGGACGGGAUGUUAUGAGCACUACGGAGAAAUUCAAACAACUGAGAAUAUAAAAUCCAAUGGUUCCAUGUACAUUCACAUAUAUUUCACCAAGAGCGGGUAUCAUCCUGAUCCAAUGAGGAAAGCCCAGUACAGACGUCUGGCUACAGUGUCGACGACAAGAAUGUUAAACAAAUACAAGAGGAGGAAGUUUCAAAAGACAAAAAAUCUUCUGACUGGGCAGACAGAUGCUGACCCUGAAAUAAUUAAGCGAGCUGAGGACUAUGGACCUGUUGAGAUUAUUUCCCACUGGCAUCCAAACCUCACAGUCCAUAUCGUAGAUGAUCACACAGCAUGGUCAAUGGGAGCAGUACCACCUCCUCUAGACCAGUAUGUGAAGUUUGAUCCAGUCAGCGGUGACUAUUAUCCAAUCAUUUAUUUCAAUGAUUACUGGAACCUGCAGAAGGACUACUUUCCCAUCAAUGCUUCCCUGGAGAAACUGCCUCUGCGUAUGACGUACUGCCCGUUGUCGCUGUGGAAGUGGCAGCUGUACGCUGCACAGAGUACCAAAUCUCCGUGGAAUUUCUGGGGAGAGGACUUGUACGACCAACCAGAUGAGGAGCAGGAUUCAGUGAAGGUUGCCUUACUGGAAACCAAUCCAUAUCUCCUAGCAGUAACUAUUAUUGUGUCCAUUGUGCACAGUGUGUUUGAAUUCCUCGCUUUCAAAAAUGACAUUCAGUUCUGGAACAGCCGUCAGUCCUUGGAGGGGCUGUCUGUACGCUCUGUGAUUUUUGGUGUCUUCCAAUCUGGGGUCGUGUUGCUUUACAUCCUGGAUAAUGAGACCAACUUUGUGGUUCAGGUCAGCGUAUUUAUUGGCCUCUUGAUCGAUCUUUGGAAGAUCACCAAAGUCAUGGAUGUGCGGAUUGACCGGGAUAAUAAAGUGGCUGGGAUCUUCCCUCGCUUGACGUUAAAAGACAAAUCAACAUACGUGCAGUCCUCAACUAAGAACUACGAUGAUAUGGCUUUUAAAUAUUUGUCCUGGAUUCUGUUCCCACUGUUGGGCUGUUAUGCUGUCUAUAGCUUAUUGUAUAUGGAGCAUAAAAGCUGGUAUUCCUGGGUGUUGAGUAUGCUCUAUGGUUUCUUAUUGACGUUUGGAUUUAUAACAAUGACGCCACAGCUUUUCAUUAAUUAUAAGCUAAAGUCGGUAGCUCAUCUCCCGUGGAGGAUGCUUACCUACAAAGCACUAAAUACCUUCAUUGAUGAUCUCUUUGCAUUUGUUAUCAAAAUGCCAAUGAUGUACAGAAUAGGAUGUUUGAGAGAUGAUGUUGUGUUUUUUAUCUACUUGUACCAACGCUGGAUCUAUCGAGUCGAUCCCACUCGAAUGAAUGAAUUUGGGACGAGUGGAGAGGACUCUGUGAAGAUGUCAAAAGAAAAUAGUUCCCCGAAAGGUCUAAUGGCAAAACCAGAGGAAGAGAAGAAAAAUGAUUAAAUGGAAACCUUUGUAUUGUCAUAAGCUUAACAUUUCACUGAAAAGUCAAGUGAGACCAUGGACUGUAAUAAUCAACUUCCUGAUUUUGUAUUAAUAUAAUCCUGUUGAAGACCAGUGAAUUUGGAGUCCGGGUUAAUGUGCUGUACUGUAUUUGUUCUGAAACAUAUCUGUAUUUAAGUAUGAUAACUUUGUAAUCACUGUAUUCCAGUGUGGAAUAUUUGGUACAUUAAAUUGCUAAUAACGUUUAAA